AGGUCCAGCGGGUAUUCCUCUUGCGACAGGCUACUAUAAUCCCUUGGCGGUAUACUCUCCAAGAUACCUACCGCAAACGCCGGUAUACCCUGGAGGUCCGAGUCAAAAUUACCAUCCAAUAUCACCUCAUCUUUAUCCUGGUAUACCAAAUGCAUUCGCUGCUAAUCAAAUCCCAUCAUAUCCGAUUGGUAUACCUCCCGUACCCCCAUUUUACCCCGGAAGAGAUAUUUCUUAUAACCCGUACUACCCAUAUCACCCACACGUUCACAGAAGCCAUCCCCAAUAUCCAGUAAGGCCUUCAAGAAAGCCAACAAAUAAAAAACCAUUUCCCUUUUCUAGAACUACAUCAACAAAACCAAUAAAGUCCCAAAUAAAGAUUGACUUGUCAUCUCAAGCUAGAAGUCCCACAAUUGGAGUGCCAAUUAAUUUAAGGACACAAAAGACUGGUACUUUAACGUCAAGGUUCUCAUCAAAUGCACAAGCAACAAUAACGUCUCCAGCAACAAUAACAGAAUCUCGAUUCGAAAAUCCAUUAGGAGACACAGUUUUGAAUGCAAGUAACGAUGAAACUAUUCAAAACAGUGAUUUGAAUACAGGCACUGAGAGUGGUACUAUUUCCACAACAGUUAGUCCAAGUGAAAAUAAUAAUUUUAAUGAGAACACAGACACGAGUGACUUUGAUCUACAAACUAGCCUAGGUUCCAGCCAAGAGUCCGAUCUAGACCAACUGUCAAAUGGGCCUCAAAAUGAACCUGACAUGGUACCUAGUUCAGAUAUAGACUCUGGAAGGGAAUUGGAUCAAGACCAAGUAUUUAACGGGCCACAAAAUGGAAGACAACCAAACUUUGGUCCUGUUGACACACUACCAGGUAACCCAGCUAAUACACUACCAACUAACAACGUAGGAAGCGGACCCAGCACAAGUAACUCAGUCUCUCCAAGUGAACCGAUUCCAUUGACUGGUCCAACAGACGUAUCUGGUACUAGUUCUGGAUCUGGAUUCGGGUUUGGCAGUGGAACUGGUUCGGGCACAGGCUCCACAAGUGGAUUGGAUCUAGACCAAGGAUUUAACGGACCACAAAAUGGAGGACAACCAACCUUUGGUCCUGGUAAUACACUACCUGGAAACCCAUCUAACAACGCAGGAAGCGGACCUAGCACAGGUAACUCAGUGUCUCCAAGUGAAUCGAAUCCAUUGACUGGUCCAACAGACGUAUCUGGUACUAGUUCUGGAUCUGGAUUCGGAUUUGGCAGUGGAACUGGUUCGGGCACAGGCUCCACAAGUGGAUUGGAUCAAGACCAAGGAUUUAACGGGCCACAAAAUGGAGGACAACCAACCUUUGGUUCUGGUAAUACACUACCUGGAAACCCAUCUAACAACGCAGGAAGCGGACCUAGCACAGGUAACUCAGUGUCUCCAAGUGAAUCGAAUCCAUUGACUGGUCCAACAGACGUAUCUGGUACUAGUUCUGGAUCUGGAUUCGGGUUUGGCAUUGGAACUGGUUCGGGCACAGGCUCCACAAGUGGAUUGGAUCAAGACCAAGGAUUUAACGGGCCACAAAAUGGAGGACAACCAACCUUUGGUCCUGGUAAUACAGUACCUGGAAACCCAUCUAACAACGCAGGAAGCGGACCUGGCACAGGUAACUCAGUGUCUCCAAGUGAAUCGAAUCCAUUGACUGGUCCAACAGAUGUAUCUGGUACUAGUUCUGGAACUGGAUUCGGGUUUGGCAGUGGAACUGGUUCAGGCUCAGACUCCACAAGUGGAUUGGAUCAAGACCAAGGAUUAAACGGGCCACAAAAUGGAGGACAAUCAACCUUUGGUCCUGGUAAUACACUACCUGGAAACCCAUCUAACAACGCAGGAAGCGGACCUAGCACAGGUAACUCAGUGUCUCCAAGUGAAUCGAAUCCAUUGACUGGUCCAACAGACGUAUCUGGUACUAGUUCUGGAUCUGGAUUCGGGUUUGGCAUUGGAACUGGUUCGGGCACAGGCUCCACAAGUGGAUUGGAUCAAGACCAAGGAUUUAACGGGCCACAAAAUGGAGGACAACCAACCUUUGGUCCUGGUAAUACAGUACCUGGAAACCCAUCUAACAACGCAGGAAGCGGACCUGGCACAGGUAACUCAGUGUCUCCAAGUGAAUCGAAUCCAUUGACUGGUCCAAUAGACGUAUCUGGUACUAGUUCUGGAACUGGAUUUGGAUUUGGCAGUGGAACUGGUUCAGGGACAGACUCCACGAUUGGAUUGGAUCAAAACCAAGGAUUUAACGGGCCAAAAAAUGGAACACAACCAACCUUUGGUCCUGGUAAUACACUACCUCGAAACCCAUCUAACAACGCAGGAAGCGGACCUAGCACAGGUAACUCAGUGUCUCCAAGUGAAUCGAUUCCAUUGAAUGGUCCAACAGACGUAUCUGGUAAUAGUUCUGGAUCUGGAUUCGGUUUUGGCAGUGGAACUGGUUCAGGCACAGGCUCCACCAGUGGAUUGGAUCAAGACCAAGGAUUUAACGGGCCACAAAAUGGAGGACAACCAACCUUUGGUCCUGGUAAUACACUACCUGGAAACCCAUCUAACAACGCAGGAAGCGGACCUAGCACAGGUAACUCAGUGUCUCCAAGUGAAUCGAUUCCGUUGACUGGUCCAACUGACGUAUCUGGUACGAGUUCUGGAUCUGGAUUCGGUUUUGGCAGUGGAACUGGUUCAGGCACAGGCUCCACCAGUGGAUUGGAUCAAGACCAAGGAUUUAACGGGCCAAAAAAUGGAGGACAACCAACCUUUGGUCCUGUUAAUACACUACCUGGAAACCCAUCUAACAACGCAGGAAGCGGACCUAGCACAGGUAACUUAGUGUCUCUAAGUGAAUCGAUUCCAUCGACUGGUCCAACAGAUGUAUCUGGUACUAGUUCUGGAACUGGAUUCGGGUUUGGCAGUGGAACUGGUUCAGGCACAGGCUCCACCAGUGGAUUGGAUCAAGACCAAGGAUUUAACGGGCCAAAAAAUGGAGGACAACCAACCUUUGGUCCUGUUAAUACACUACCUGGAAACCCAUCUAACAACGCAGGAAGCGGACCUAGCACAGGUAACUUAGUGUCUCCAAGUGAAUCGAUUCCAUCGACUGGUCCAACAGAUGUAUCUGGUACUAGUUCUGGAACUGGAUUCGGGUUUGGCAGUGGAACUGGUUCAGGCUCAGACUCCACAAGUGGAUUGGAUCAAGACCAAGGAUUAAACGGGCCACAAAAUGGAGGACAAUCAACCUUUGGUCCUGGUAAUACACUACCUGGAAACCCAUCUAACAACGCAGGAAGCGGACCUAGCACAGGUAACUCAGUAUCUCCAAAUGAAUCGAUUCCAUUGAAUGGUCCAACAGACGCAUCUGGUACUAGUUCUGGAUCUGGAUUCGGGUUUGGCAGUGGAACUGAUUCGGGCACAGGCUCCACAAGUGGAUUGGAUCUAGACCAAGGAUUUAACGGACCACAAAAUGGAGGACAACCAACCUUUGGUCCUGGUAAUACACUACCUGGAAACCCAUCUAACAACGCAGGAAGCGGACCUAGCACAGGUAACUCAGUAUCUCCAAAUGAAUCGAUUCCAUUGAAUGGUCCAACAGACGCAUCUGGUACUAGUUCUGGAUCUGGAUUCGGGUUUGGCAGUGGAACUGGUUCAGGCACAGGCUCCACCAGUGGAUUGGAUCAAGACCAAGGAUUUAACGGGCCACAAAAUGGAGGACAACCAACCUUUGGUCCUGUUAAUACACUACCUGGAAACCCAUCUAACAACGCAGGAAGCGGACCUAGCACAGGUAACUUAGUGUCUCCAAGUGAAUCGAUUCCAUCGACUGGUCCAACAGAUGUAUCUGGUACUAGCUCUGGAACUGGAUUCGGGUUUGGCAGUGGAACUGGUUCAGGCACAGACUCCACAAGUGGAUUGGAUCAAGACCAAGGAUUAAACGGGCCACAAAAUGGAGGACAACCAACCUUUGGUCCUGGUAAUACACUACCUGGAAACCCAUCUAACAACGCAGGAAGCGGACCUAGCACAGGUAACUCAGUGUCUCCAAAUGAAUCGAUUCCAUUGAAUGGUCCAACAGACGCAUCUGGUACUAGUUCUGGAUCUGGAUUCGGGUUUGGCAGUGGAACUGGUUCGGGCACAGGCUCCACAAGUGGAUUGGAUCUAGACCAAGGAUUUAACGGACCACAAAAUGGAGGACAACCAACCUUUGGUCCUGUUAAUACACUACCUGGAAACCCAUCUAACAACGCAGGAAGCGGACCUAGCACAGGUAACUCAGUGUCUCCAAGUGAAUCGAAUCCAAUGACUGGUCCAACAGACGUAUCUGGUACUAGUUCUGGAUCUGGAUUCGUGUUUGGCAGUGGAACUGGUUCGGGCACAGGCUCCACAAGUGGAUUGGAUCAAGACCAAGGAUUUAACGGGCCACAAAAUGGAGGACAACCAACCUUUGGUUCUGGAAAUACACUACCUGGAAACCCAUCUAACAACGCAGGAAGCGGACCUAGCACAGGUAACUCAGUGUCUCCAAGUGAAUCGAAUCCAUUGACUGGUCCAACAGACGUAUCUGAUGCUAGUUCUGGAUCUGGAUUCGGGUUUGGCAGUGGAACUGGUUCGGGCACAGGCUCCACAAGUGGAUUGGAUCAAGACCAAGGAUUUAACGGGCCACAAAAUGGAGGACAACCAACCUUUGGUCCUGGUAAUACACUACCUGGAAACCCAUCUAACAACGCAGGAAGCGGACCUAGCACAGGUAACUCAGUGUCUCCAAGUGAAUCGAAUCCAAUGACUGGUCCAACAGACGUAUCUGGUACUAGUUCUGGAUCUGGAUUCGGUUUUGGCAGUGGAACUGGUUCAGGCACAGGCUCCACCAGUGGAUUGGAUCAAGACCAAGGAUUUAACGGGCCACAAAAUGGAGGACAACCAACCUUUGGUCCUGGUAAUACACUACCUGGAAACCCAUCUAACAACGCAGGAAGCGGACCUAGCACAGGUAACUCAGUGUCUCCAAGUGAAUCGAAUCCAUUGACUGGUCCAACAGACGCAUCUGGUACUAGUUCUGGAUCUGGAUUCGGGUUUGGCAGUGGAACUGGUUCGGACACAGGCUCCACAAGUGGAUUGGAUCAAGACCAAGGAUUUAACGGGCCACAAAAUGGAGGACAACCAACCUUUGGUCCUGGUAAUACACUACCUGGAAACCCAUCUAACAACGCAGGAAGCGGACCUAGCACAGGUAACUCAGUGUCUCCAAGUGAAUUGAAUCCAUUGACUGGUCCAACAGACGUAUCUGGUACUAGUUCUGGAACUGGAUUCGGAUUUGGCAGUGGAACUGGUUCAGGGACAGACUCCAAUAUUGGAUUGGAUCAAAACCAAGGAUUUAACGGGCCAAAAAAUGGAGAACAACCAACCUUUGGUCCUGGUAAUACACUACCUGGAAACCCAUCUAACAACGCAGGAAGCGGACCUAGCACAGGUAACUCAGUGUCUCCAAUUGAAUCGAUUCCAUUGAAUGGUCCAACAGACGUAUCUGGUACUAAUUCUGGAUCUGGAUUCGGUUUUGGCAGUGGAACUGGUUCAGGCACAGGCUCCACCAGUGGAUUUUAUCAAGACCAGGGAUUUAACGGGCCACAAAAUGGAGGACAACCAACCUUUGGUCCUGGUAAUACACUACCUGGAAACCCAUCUAACAUCGCAGGAAGCGGACCUAGCACAGGUAACUCAGUGUCUCCAAGUGAAUCGAUUCCAUUGACUGGUCCAACUGACGUAUCUGGUACUAGUUCUGGAUCUGGAUUCGGUUUUGGCAGUGGAACUGGUUCAGGAACAGGCUCCACCAGUGGAUUGGAUCAAGACCAAGGAUUUAACGGGCCAAAAAAUGGAGGACAAUCAACCUUUGGUCCUGGUAAUACACUACCUGGAAACCCAUCUAACAACGCAGGAAGCGGACCUAGCACAGGUAACUCAGUCUCUCCAAGUGAACCGAUUCCAUUGACUGGUCCAAAAGACAUAUCUGGUACUAGUUCUGGAACUGGAUUCGGGUUUGGCAGUGGAACUGGUUCAGGCACAGGCUCCACAAGUGGAUUGGAUCAAGACCAAGGAUUAAACGGGCCACAAAAUGGAGGACAACCAACCUUUGGUCCUGGUAAUACACUACCAGGAAACCCAUCUAACAAUGCAGGAAGCGGACCUAGCGCAGGUAACUCGGUGUCUCCAAGUGAACCAAUUCCAUUGAAUGGUCCAAAUGACAUAUCUGGUACAAGUUCUGGAACUGGAUUCGGGUUUGGCAGUGGAACUGGUUCAGGCACAGGCUCCACCAGUGGAUUGGAUCAAGACCAAGGAUUUAACGGGCCACAAAAUGGAGGACAACCAACCUUUGGCCCUGGUAAUACACUACCAGGAAACCAAGCUAACAACGCAGGAAGCGGACCUAGCACAGGUAACUCAGUCUCUCCAAGUGAACCGAUUCCAUUGACUGGUCCAACAGACAUAUCUGUUACUAGUUCUAGAUCUGGAUUCGGGUUUGGCAGUGGAACUGGUUCGGGCACAGGCUCCACAAGUGGAUUGGAUCAAGACCAAGGAUUUAACGGGCCACAAAAUGGAGGACAACCAACCUUUGGUCCUGUUAAUACACUACCAGGAAACCAAGCUAACAACGCAGGAAGUGGACCUAGCACAGGUAACUCGGUGUCUCCAAGUGAAUCGAUUCCAUUGAAUGGUCCAACAGACGCAUCUGGUACUAGUUCUGGAUCUGGAUUCGGGUUUGGCAGUGGAACUGGUUCGGGCACAGGCUCCACAAGUGGAUUGGAUCUAGACCAAGGAUUUAACGGACCACAAAAUGGAGGACAACCAACCUUUGGUCCUGUUAAUACACUACCAGGAAACCAAGCUAACAUCGCAGGAAGCGGACCUAGCACAGGUAACUCAGUGUCUCCAAGUGAAUCGAAUCCAUUGAAUGGUCAAAAUGACAUAUCUGGUACUAGUUCUGUAACUGGAUUCGGGUUUGGCAGUGGAACUGUUUCAGGCACAGGCUCCACAAGUGGAUUGGAUCAAGACCAAGGAUUUAACGGGCCACAAAAUGGAGGACAACCAACCUUUGGACCUGGUAAUACACUACCAGGAAACCAAGCUAACAACUCAGGAAGCGUACCUAGCACAGGUAACUCAGUGUCUCCAAGUGAACCGAUUCCAUCGACUGGUCCAACAGAUGUAUCUGGUACUAGUUCUGGAACUGGAUUCGGGUUUGGCAGUGGAACUGGUUCAGGCACAGACUCCACAAGUGGAUUGGAUCAAGACCAAGGAUUAAACGGGCCACAAAAUGGAGGACAACCAACCUUUGGUCCUGGUAAUACACUACCAGGAAACCCAUCUAACAAUGCAGGAAGCGGACCUAGCGCAGGUAACUCGGUGUCUCCAAGUGAACCAAUUCCAUUGAAUGGUCCAAAUAACAUAUCUGGUACAAGUUCUGGAACUGGAUUCGGGUUUGGCAGUGGAACUGGUUCAGGCACGGGCUCCACAAGUGGAUUGUAUCAAGACCAAGGCUUUAACGGGCCACAAAAUGGAGGACAACCAACCUUUGGUUCUGUUAAUACACAACCAGGAAACCAAGUUAACAACGCAGGAAGCGGACCUAGCACAGGUAACUCAGUCUCUCCAAGUGAACCGAUUCCAUUGACUGGUCCAACAGACAUAUCUGAUACUAGUUCUGGAUCUGGAUUCGGGUUUGGCAGUGGAACUGGUUCAGGCACAGGCUCCACCAGUGGAUUGGAUCAAGACCAAGGAUCUAACGGGCCACAAAAUGGAGGACAACCAACCUUUGGUCCUGGUAAUACACUACCUGGAAACCCAUCUAACAACGCAGGAAGCGGACCUAGCACAGGUAACUCAGUGUCUCCAAGUGAAUCGAUUCCAUUGACUGGUCCAACUGACGUAUCUGGUACGAGUUCUGGAUCUGGAUUCGGUUUUGGCAGUGGAACUGGUUCAGGCACAGGCUCCACCAGUGGAUUGGAUCAAGACCAAGGAUUUAACGGGCCACAAAAUGGAGGACAACCAACCUAUGGACCUGGUAAUACACUACCAGGAAACCAAGCUAACAACGCAGGAAGCGGACCCAGCACAGGUAACUCAGUGUCUCCAAGUGAACCGAUUCCAUUGACUGGUCCAAAUGACAUAUCUGGUUCUAGUUCUGGAACUGGAUUCGGGUUUGGCAGUGGAACCGGUUCAGGCACAGGCUCCACAAGUGGAUUGGAUCAAGACCCGGGAUUUAACGGGCCACAAAAUGGAGGACAACCAACCUUUGGCCCUGGUAAUACACUACCAAAAAACCCAUCUAACAACGCAGUAAGCGGACCCAGCACAGGUAACUCAGUGUCUCCAAGUGAACCGAUUCCAUUGACUGGUCCAAAUGACACAUCUGGUACUAGUUUUGGAUCUGGAUUCGGGUUUGGCAGUGGAACUGGUUCAGGCACAGACUCCACAAGUGGAUUGGAUCAAGACCAAGGAUUUAACGGGCCACAAAAUGGAGGACAACCAACCUUUGGUCCUGGUAAUGCACUACGAGGAAACCCAGCUUAUUACCCAGGAAGCGGACCUGUCACAGGUAAGCCAUUAUUUCCCAUUGAAAUAAUUCCAUCUUCUGUUCCAAAUUACAAUUCUGGUUUUGUCACAGGCUCUGGGAGUGGAUUGUAUGACGGUUUUCAACCUAUUGACUGUUCAGCUCUGUCUGGCUUACCUUCAAGACCAGGUGUCGUUCUACCAGUGAUUUCUACAAGCUCAGAUGGAGUACAAGGUACGAAAUCUUUAUAUAAUUUCAAAGAAAUAUCGAUUAUGAAUAGUUAUGCUGAUGAUUUUAUAUACAAGUCUUUUACAUUGGGCUGUCUUACGACCGUUCCCAAUAUUUAGUCUAUCUCUUACUUG